UUAUUAUUAAUCAAGUCAAUGCUCAUCAAAUUUAUUAACUAAUAAAUUUUUUACGUAACUUGAUUUCAGACCGCCAUAUUUGCCGUAAUCAUGACUGUGUUAGCAAGCGCAAUGGGGAUCCCAUAUGACUACAACUCAUUUUUCUCGGAUUUCGGGCCUUACUACCGAGCCGUAACACCGAUGAGAGAUCCUCGAUCUAACACCGGGCCUGUACUGUUUCCACGAGGACCAGAACCAGACCGGGUAGAAACCAGUGGCGUAAUAGUAGGAGCCAGCGGUUUUGGAUUUGUGCCACCAAACUCAGGUAAAGGUGUCAAUAUCAACGGUCGAUAA